AUGAAGAUGCCAUUGGAUGUGAGUGGUGACAUGUACGGAGGAAGUGAUCAACUUGUAAAACUUAGCAACACAGUCAUGAUGUGUAUUGCAAUAGGUAGUUUUAUGCCAUCUUUGGGCCCCAUGGAUGAUAAAGAUAUAUUCACCAACAUAAUAGCCUUGGUUACAGUUGCUACCACUAAAAAACAUCUAGAAUUGAAGUAUAGUGAAAUACACAAAGAAGCAUUAAGAGAACAAAUUGGAAAGAAAAUUACAGUUGAAAAACUGAAAGAAAAUGUCAACAAGUACUGGAUGAUGGCAGAAACUGGGAGCCCCCAGUUUGUGAUGGCAUGUUCUGUGACCUGCUCUGCUUCAGGGAUUGCUACAGUGGGCGUGGGGAUCAUUGAUCCGAUAUGUAGAUGGUUCACUGCCAUUAAAUUCAAAUGCUCCAAGGAAAGUACCAAAGGCUUCAAAACUGAGCUCAAACCAAAGAGUUAUUGGAUUAAGAGGUUGGAAGAAUGGAAGAAGAGCUCUAUAGUUCUUCAAAUCCGUGGUCUGAAAUUGAGAAAACUUGUCCAGCGCACCAAAAAUCUAGCUUUGAACUUGUGUGUAAUGAUUCAGGAGCCUAUACAUAACUCAACAUCCCCAACGAAGUCGGAUAAUGUUUUGCUUCUUGAAGGUGAAGUGGAACUUACUGAAAGUACCUUGAAGAACAUUAGUAAAGCAGCAGGUCAUUUCAUCAUCAAGGCCAACAAACAGCAUCGCAAAAAUUUAAUCGAGCUUCUUCAACAGAAAUCUACAGGUGGCUUUGAAUGCAUAUUAGACUUUCACAGCGACCAAGUUCCAUCAUUAGAUUCUCAAGAACCUCUUAAUUGCUGGGCUUUGCCAUUGGUGACUCUAACUUGCAUCGCCAUUGCAAUUUCCAAAAUCAAUAAGAACAUGGCUGACAGGCUUGUGCUCAGCGUGAGCGAAGGCCUCUCGCAUGUCAGACAUGUUGACGAAACCGUGGAUAUCAAAGGGAACCUCACAAAUAGUAGAGAUGCAGCUGAUAAAGUGUGGUUAGGAGUCGAACUUGAAGGCAAGUGGCUUGAUGAAGAUCUCACCAGAAUAGCUCCCAAAGAAACAUCUUGCAGAGAGACUUUUCAAAUAGUCGUUGAUUUUGCUCAGAAAAUUGUUAUAAAAUACAAGGCAAAUAUCAAUGCAAGCCCCGCAUAUACACUAGUUAAAAAAAAAAGAGAAGAAAAAGAAGAAGCAUACCUGCGAUCAUGUUAA